GCGCGUGGAGCCUGGCGUAGCCGUCGCGUCGCCGUCCUCCCCGUGACAUGCGGCCGCCGAGUGCGACGUGUCCGACGAGUCCGGAGCGCCGUGACGUGACGCGAGUGUGCGCCGCGAUGGCGACGUGAGCAUGGCGUGCAUGGCCCGACGCCAUGCUGAGGAUGUCCACGCCGUCGCUCAUGGCGUCCAGCGCGUCCAGCGGCGUGCUGGCCGGUGUGGGGGCGGCGCACGGGCACGCCCCCCGCGGCAACCCGAACCACCACCAGAGGCCGCUGCCGCCGCCCCCGGUGCCGCCGCGGCCUAGCCGCUCCGUGGUGGCGGAGGCGUUGGCGCGCACGCGGCGGGGCGGCAGCGCGCCGCGCGACGCGACCGAGUCCGGCACCGUGAUGGUGGUGCCGGUGACGCCGACGAGGCGCGCGCCGCCGCCGCCCGGCCAGACGCCCCAGCAGCCGCCCUCGCAGCCGCCGGCCGCGCAAGCCGCGCCACCGGGACCACGCGCUUCGCGGGGCAGGCCGCCGCCGCUGCCGGACCAGCCGCCCGUGGCGGUCGUGAACGGCACGCCCAGGUCGCGGUCGGCGGGCCGCCGCCUCAAGGACACCCCCGCGCCCGCACUGCCGCCCUGGGCCCUGGACAAGCAGCGGCACGCGCCGCCCGAGCACGCCGUCGACGUGGUGGGCAAGGCCUCGCGCGAAGCGGACGGCGGCGGCGGCCGUCUCCGGUCACCGUCGAAGCCCCUGGUCCUGAGCCGGCGCCCCAGCCCUGCCGGCAGCCCCGCGCCGUGCGCCAGCCCCCGGCUACGCCGCGCCAGCCCCACCGUCCUAGUCAUCGACCCCAACCACGACUCGCAGCUCAGCUCGCUGGACUCGGGCAAGGCGUCCGAGGACGCGGACGGGGACUGCUCCAGCGGCGGCAGCGCGCGCAUGAGUGACUCUGACGGCGGCCGCAGCGUCGGCAGCGGCGUGCAGCUGCGCCGCCGGUCGCGAAUCCUGCAGUCGGACUGGUUCGAAGUGGAGGGCGACGGCAAGGAGGUCCGCUACUCCAGCUGUCAGAUCACGAUCGAGGACCCCAAGUCCGUGGCCCCGGCCAGCCCCGUGCCCCCGGCCAGCCCCGUGGCCCCCAGCCCCAACAGCAACGGCAGCAACGGCGUGACGGUGGUGGUGUCCGCGCUGCACGGACUGCACAACGACGCGCUCAGCCCGCUGAGCUGUGUGGCCCCUGAUUGCAGGACCAACGCCGGCCUCAAGCGCCUCGUCAUGGCGUCCCUGCAGGGCCUGCCGCCGCUGCCCAAGAGCCUGAGCGGCGCCAACCUGCUGGACGGCAGCGGGCUGCUGUUCACGCCGGCCGAGAUGGCGGCCGUCACCGGCAUGGCGCCGCCCGCGCCCGCACCCGGCGGCGGCUCCGGCGCGCCCUCGCCCGGCUCCGGGUCCGGGUCCGGCCUCAGCCACUCCGGGAGCUUCCGCCACCACUCGAGCGGCAGCCUGAGCUCGCGGCCCACGCCCCCCAGGGGCACCACGCCGCCGACGGGGCCCUCGGGGCCCGCGGGGUCGCGCAACGGCUCGCCCCUGCAGAGCAUGUCGGUGCCGCCGCCGCCGCCGCCCCGCACCGCUCGCCAGGGCAGCCGCACCGCCGCCAGCAGCCUGGACGCCCAGCUCGCCGUGCUCAGGAAGGAGAUGUACGGGCUGCGCCAGCUGGACCUGUCGCUGCUGUCGCAGCUGUGGUCGCUCAACGAGUCCAUCCAGGAGUUCCGGCAGCUGCUGCAGGACGAGGACGCCGACGGCCUGGAGGGCGCCGCCCUGUCGCCGCCGUCGCCGACGUCGCCCGCGUCGCCGCAGAGCUCCGAGGACGACCUGCGCGACCUGAGGGACGCCGACGAGCUGUACUCCGGACUUGGCCUGCCGCUGCAAGGCCUGCAGGGAUUCCAGGGGCUCCAGGGAUUCCAGGGCCUGCAGGGCUUCCAGGGCUUCCCCACGCAGGGUGUGCCGGGCGUGCAGGGCGCGCGCUACCACCGGCCCGGCACGGCGCCGCCACCCGCACCCACGUCCGCCCCCGCGCACCGCCACUACCACUCGGGCCGUACCAGCACUGUGGACUUCGGCGACGUCUGAUGGCGGUCCAACACCAGCCUCCAUUCGUAAUCGGGUGUGGCAGGACAGUGACCACGUGACCAACCUCGGUCAGCAAGUCCCGGCACCUGUUGUGUGCAGACUGACUCGGAGGCGCUAGGAGCGUCGUUGAGGCUGCCCGUCUGCAUUCUUGUAUCUGUUUUAUAGCUUUCUUUUGCGUGUGUGCGUCUAUCUGUGUGUGUAUCUGUGUGUGUAUAUGUGUGUGUGCAUUUGCGUGGAUGUUCUCGUGAGCUGUGCAGUCGUUAAUUGUACAAUAAUUGUAUAGGAAGUGUGACAUGUGUUUUGAUGCAAGGCUAGUGGAACUUGAGUUGUCCUAGAAAAUGGAACGUUUCUUGUCAUACCAUGUUUAUCGCAAUCCGUACCCAAAUUGAUUGCUAACUAAAGAGACUGUUCUUGUUUAAUCGUAGGGUCUACAGUUCUAUCAAAUCAAUGGCCUUUUGUUGGAUCCAGUCUUAACUUUUUCAAAUAGAAGCUUUUAAUUGUUUAUUGAUUUUAACUAAAACACCCAAAUUGCCUUCAUAGAAAUAUUAAAUCAUUUUGAAAAGUGGACUAGUGCCCCGUUUUAUUUUCCACACCAAAUAAAGGGUUCUUUCUUUCUUUCUUUCCUA